GAAACUGAGAGAUCGAAUCUUGGAAUCAUGUGCCCAUGAAGCGAUCACCGCGAUGGAGCCGCGUGGGAUGAUGAUGUCGAACCUGUCGUGCGACGGGUGCGCGGACAGCGACCGCGAUUCCGACAGCAGCAGCAUGAUCGUGGACCCGGUGAGUUUGGACAAGAACGACCUGUCGCCGUCCCAGUCGUCGUCCAGCCCCGUGAUACCCAGCUCGCCCGUCCCCCCGGCCACCGCGUCCUCCCGAAAUCGCGGGGGGAGCCGCAGCAAGAAGGGCUACUCGAUGAUGUCGGGGAACGGGCAGCAAAAGGGGAACGCGGCCGGCCAGGCGUCCACCUACGGCAACGAGAAGAUGUCCUCGUCCCUGAUCAAGCCCCCUUACUCCUACAUAGCCCUGAUCACGAUGGCGAUCCUCCAAUCGCCCCAGAAGAAGCUCACGCUGAGCGGUAUAUGCGAGUUCAUCAUGUCCCGAUUCCCUUACUACCACGACAAGUUCCCCGCCUGGCAGAACUCGAUCAGACACAACCUGUCGUUGAACGACUGCUUCAUCAAGAUACCAAGGGAGCCCGGCAACCCUGGCAAGGGUAACUACUGGACGCUGGACCCGUUGGCCGAGGAUAUGUUCGACAACGGGAGCUUCUUGCGCCGGAGGAAGAGGUACAAGAGGCCUCCGCCGCACUACGUGCUCAGAGACAGGGCGAUCAUGGCCACGUUCGCCAUUUGCGGCGAUCGGGGCCCCUGCCCUGGCGGGGGUGGCGGUCAUCCGGGGGCCCUCGCCUAUCCCAGCGCCGCGUACCUGUCCCCGCCGCCUGGCCUCCCCUUGCUCGACUUCUCGCCCUCGACCUUGGAGGCGCUCAAGCUCGGCGGCUUCCUGGAACCACCCCCGCCGUUGUACAAACCUGUGCCGAUCACCGCACCGCCGAUCAGACAGAUCGAUCCCGCACCCACGAGGACCACCGCGAUACCGAGCGGCCAUCCGCCGGCCGAGAAGAAGAGGAACUUCAGUAUCGACGCGUUGAUAGGUAAACAGGCGGCCAACGAUCAGAAUUGCGGCGGCUUGCUUGAUCUCAGCCCGUCGGAGCACAGGGAGAUCAGGAGCCAGGCGUCGGCCUUCUCUCCUCUGGUUUAGAGGAUCCUGUUGCGGAUCUCCUUUCGGGGAGGAUAUCUUACGUCGGAAAAAUAUGUGGGGG